ACAACAGAGUGCCGAGGACUGCGAAGACACAGCUGAACUCACACCGAAAUAGUUUUCCAGUUGUGUUAUACAUUUCAGUGAGUGCCUAAAGAGUAUCAGCAUAUAUAUAACUGCUGGUUUGUAGAAGACUGUCUUGCCUAGAAAUGAACAUUUGCUCCUGCUGACCAGCUGUUUUCUCCUCUCUGGUGCAUAGAGAUUGGUGUUAGCUAAAAAGCCCACAGAACAACAGCCUCCAGCUUUAAAGAAGGACAGAUGCAUUGGCUGUAGAUCCUGCUUUGCACUGUGAGUCUCUAGUGAUCCUCUUGUGAGCAGAGCACAGGAUGCCUUACCACUGUGUGGCCUAUGGAUGUGGCAAAACUGCAGAAGAUGGUGCGACGCUCUUUAAAUUCCCCAAGGACCAUGAGGAGUUUCGCAAAUGGGAGAAGCAGGUCCAGCGCACCCGCAGCCAGUGGGUCGCCACACCCAACUCUCACCUCUGCAGCGAGCAUUUUGGCAGGGAGUACUUUGAGCCAAGAGCACCCAUGGGGGCUCUGAAGCUAAAGCCAGGAGCUGUUCCCACAGUGUUCCUCCGUCCACACUGUCUCUCCUGCAAAGGAGUGGGAUGUAGUAGCUGCCUGCCAGCUAUCCAACGGCGGGGCUUUACAGCUGAACCAAGAGAGUGUGCUGCACCAGACAAUGAAAUGCCCUUUCAGUUUGAUGAUACUGAUGGAAGAGGUCAUGAAGAACAUCUGACAAGAGGAGUGACAAAGGCGGCGGAAAAAAACAGAGAAGAACGACCAGUGGUGUGUGAGAUGUGUGGCACCGCCGGCACUAGUAGCAGCUUCUUUUCAAAGACCAAGCGUUUCUGCAGUAUAUCUUGUUCACGCUCUUAUUCAUCAAACUCCAAGAAGUCCUCCAUAUUGGCACGUCUGCAGGGAAAGCCCCCCUCAAAAAAAGCCACGGUGCUGAACAAGGUGAACAAAGCCCCUCCAGCCCCCACAGGACAGGAUGUGCUGGCUGCAGGUUUUGAAUGGGGCGCCUACUUGGAGAAGGAAACAUCUCUGGCUGCAUCCGUGUCCUGCUUCAGACAUGCUCCCCUGUGUGCCCAGUGGGACGACAUCACGGUGGGGGUGAAGGUGGAGGUCCUGAACACAAACGCAGUCCUGCCCAGUAAAGUCUACUGGAUUGCUACUGUCAUCCAGAUUGCAGGAUACAAAGCCCUGUUAAGAUACGAAGGCUUUGAGCACGACAGCAGCAAAGAUUUUUGGUGCAGCCUCGUGUCGGGAGAGCUGAACCCGAUUGGAUGGUGCGCCAUGACGAGCAAGCUGCUGGUGCCACCACAAGAUGUGAAGCAGGACAUCCCAGAUUGGAAGGAGUAUCUGAUGAAGAAGCUGGUGGGGUCCAACACUCUACCUGUUGACAUCUACCUGAAGCUGGCAGAGAGCAUGAAGACCUCUUUCAGAAUAGGUAUGCGUGUGGAGGUGGUGGACCCCAGAUACGUGAGUCGGACCCGAGUGGCCACCAUAGACUCGAUUGUUGGUGGCCGUCUGCGGCUGGUGUACGCAGACCAAAGCGACGCCCCUGAAAACACAAUCUCUGAUUUCUGGUGCCACAUGUGGAGUCCCCUCCUGCACCCAAUUGGCUGGUCCAGCAAAGUGGGUCAUGCCAUUAAGGAACCUGCAAACAGUGUGGAAGCAGCUCACAGUGGUUGGAAGGGUAACUGUGACAGUUCACAUCUGCUUUUUAAGAAGCCCAGGUUUGUUUACAUGGAGGGAGGUUUCUUUGAGGAAGGAAUGAAGCUGGAGGCCAUUGACCCUUUAAACCUGGGAAGCAUCUGUGUGGCCACUGUACACAAGGUGCUGUUAGAUGGCUACCUGAUGGUGGGUAUAGAUGGUACCACAUCAAACAAUGGCUCUGAUUGGUUUUGUUACCAUGCCUCCUCUCAUGCCAUCCUUCCCAAAGACUUCUGUAAAAAGAACAACAUCCCUCUCACAGUACCUCCAGGUUAUGACCCUCAGACCUUCACCUGGGACAAAUAUCUGAAGGACACCGGGGCUACAGCUGCACCAGCACGACUGUUUAACGCUGACUACCCAGGUCAUGGCUUCUCCCCUAACAUGAAGCUGGAGGCGGUGGACUUGAUGGAGCCGCGCCUAGUGUGUGUGGCCACCGUUAAGCGCUGCGUGGGCCGCCUGCUGCUGAUCCACUUUGACGGCUGGGAGGAUGAGUUCGACCAGUGGGUCGACCACCAGUCCCCAGACAUCUACCCCACUGGCUGGUGUGACCUCAUGGGCUACCAGCUCCAGCCGCCUCCUGGGCUCGUUGAUGUAGUGGAAAAUCAGGCGGUACAAAACAAGAAAUACAAGCACUUUGUGUAUGGCAAAAAAAAGAAGAAGAAUGCAAAGAAGAGGCUCUCUCAGGAGCAAGCUAAAGAUGAUGCUGGUCAGCAGCAACGCACGGUCACUAGCACUGACGGUUCUCCAAGUCUCUGUCUUCCUCCAAAAAUGCCUCUUGUCCAGCCCAAGACUGAGCCAGAGGAGCGGGAGAUCUUUACAGUGCAGGUGAAAGUGGAGGAGGUGGAGAUGGAGACCCCCAUUAAUCCUCCAGACAACUCUCCACAAGUCUCUCCGAGUAAAUUAAAACAGGAGGAGGGAGGGGAGGAGAGCGAGUCAGAGUCAGGACCAUAUCACAGCUUGAAAAACAUAGCAAAUGAAAAUACAAAGAAGAGUGAAAAUGCAGCAGAAAGAAGUGAAGAGAGUGCAUCAUUGGAAGAGAGCUUUAGUGGUGAAAGCAACAUGGAGCAGAGUGAAAGCAAGCUGGACCAAGAGGAGAGGAGCCAGGGAAAUGAUAGUGCCAUGGACGAAAUUUCAGAGCAGGACACGACAGGAGAGACUGUAGACAUGGAGACAUGAGAUGGGUAUGUCUGCUUAAGGAAUGAAGAGAACUGUGGACAAGGUGGAUAAGCAAAAAGAUUGGGCUGACUCUGUGAUGAAGUAAAGUAAGCCAUUAUGGGGAAUAAAUAACUGAAAUAAAACCACCAAAAUGACUAAAUGAGACGGCAGGCUGAGCUCUUCAGAGCAAAUAAUAAAAGUGCUACAUGAGCUGGGAGAGUCAGUGCGACUUUUAUCUGUAGUGGUUGAUGGUGAUAAUCUUAACAUUUCAAUCCUGGUUGAUUUGGCAGCAUGUCAUAGAUUUAGAAGCAGCGAUGGCUGGGCGAUAUGGAGAAAAUCAGACUGAUAUUUCAACAGUAUUGAAGGGUUGACCAUUGGUGCUUUCUCAAAAUACUUACACAAUGAGAUUUUUGAUAGAUAAUUAUUAGUAAUGUGGAUUGAACAGCUAGAACAGUCUGAUACAUUCAGAAAAUUACAUCUUCUUACUGUAAUGCAGCCUUUAAAACCAGGAAUACACUAACAAUAUUGCAGUAUCCCAAAUCUACGACGAUAUCUAGUUCCAUAUCAAGAUAUAGAUACAAUAUUGAUAUAUUGCCCAGUCCUUGGUGCAACCAACUAAACUAAUGUUUUAAUAAAGACGUCAGUCAAAAGUAGUAGCAACCGCGAUCUGAUUUAAUUCUGCACACAGCGUGGCACUACAAACAUUUACUUAAUGCAGCUCUGACAGGCUGUGAGAGACUGAAAAGUAAACAGUAAGGCUGUUAUUAGUGUGAUAAAUUUACAAACUGUAAUACUAAUUUACAUACAUGCAUGUUUCCUGUAAAUCUCAUGGCCUUAAAUAGGCAAUUUGAGUCCAUAGCAGAAAUGGCAGGCUCUGCCGCCACCAAUAAAAAGUACUAUAUAGAGGAGUAAUUACAGAAUGCAGAUAUGUGUGAUGGCUAUUGCUGAAAAGAUAUUGGCCAUUAAAAGAAUUUUAAAAAGAGGGUUGUAUUUUCUGAAAAUGUUAAGAGUCAUGACUUUUAAGACUUUAACGUCAUGGUGCCAGAUGGGUUACAAAGACCAUUUCAGCCAUUCUACUUAACGGUGCAGUGUGCAGGAUUUAGGAGGAUCUAUUGGCAGAAACCUAAUUAUGUUUUCAAUGGUGUAUAAUCACCUGAAACCAAGGACCACUGCGUUUUUGUUACACUUCAUUUCUACAUAGGGAGCAGGUCCUCUUCCACGGAGCACGCCAUGUUACACUGCCAUCUUUCUACAGUAGCCCAGAAUGGUCAAACCACACCACUUGCUGUAGAGAGGGCCUUUCACAUUAUCACAUACAACAUUACUAUGCAUGGAAAGAGAGCGGGGAGUAGAGGGGUAGUUGCUUCUGUAAUUCUGCAGCCUCCCUUCUAGAUGCCACUAAAUACUACAUACUGCACCUUGAAUUUAAAACUACCUCACCUUCUCCAUGUUGGCAAGCUCCACUAUACAAUGCUUGUGCAGAAUUGAUAGGUUUCUUUUGUUUUAGUUUAUAUGAGUUAUACCUAACAUCCAACCUGUAAAUAUGACUUUGAAGGUCAUUAGUUGACACAGCAGACAAACGUGUUGUAAUGUUUUAUUUUCUCCUGUUUUGUAUCCAGAUGUGUUCUUUGUUUUGUAUGAAUAUAAAAUC